UAGGAAACUUUUAUUAAUUUCAUAUCAUCUAAAAUAUUAAGAAAUGGAAAACAUGGAAAUAGAAACAGGAAAAACUCAGGCUGAUUUCAUUCGCGAAGAUUUAAAUUUUGAUAUCGAUCCUAAAGAUCCGUCAACUAAAGCAGCUUUAGCUGAUCAUCCUGUAGAUGAAUGGAUUGAUAUUCUUGGUAAUGGACAAUUAAGAAAAAAAGUUAUAAAAGAAGGUCAGAGUGGAACACGACCUAAUACAACAGAUUAUUGUACGCUGAAAAUUAUUGGUAAAUUAGAAUCUGGAAAGAUAGUAGAAGAACAUGAAAAUAUUACUAUUCAAUUAGGUGAUGUUGAAGUUGUUCAGGGAUUAGAUUUAGCAAUUGCACUAAUGAACGUAGGUGAAAUUGCAGUAGUGGAAGUUGCUUCACGGUUUGCUUAUGGUACUUUAGGAGUUGAACCUGACAUUCCACCUAAUGCUACUAUUUGGUAUACGGUUGAAUUAAAAUCGUUUCAUUUAGAAACAGAUUUAGAUACUCUUAGCAUUAGUAAGAGAAAAGAAAUUGGAAAUAAAAAACGAUUACGCGGUAACUGGUGGUUCGCGCGAAAUGAACACACAAUUGCAAUUCAAUGCUACAGAAGAGCUCUAGAUUUUUUGGUUCCUUCCAACAAUGCCGCUACCGAUGAAAUCGAAGAAUCUGCUACUGACACAGAAUUGCAGGAUUUAUUGGAAAAUCGUAUGGCAGUAUAUAAUAACUUAACUGCAGCACAAAUAAAAACUGAAGCGUAUGAUGCUGCAUUAAAAAAUGUAGAGAAUGUUCUAACAUGUCAGCCACAGAAUAUAAAAGCAUUGUUUAGAAAAGGAAGAAUUUAUCAUCUUAAAGGAGAACAUUCUUUAGCAUACGCUACUUUCCUCCAAGCCGCUAAGUUAGAUCCAGAAUCGAAAGCUAUUCGACAAGAGUUAGCAAUUUUAAAGAAAAAAAAUGUAAAAGAUGCGCAACAUGAAAAAAAUCUUUAUCGUAAAAUGCUCGGAACACAGAAAAUGAAUAGUACAGGCACGAAAAAUCAAAAGAAUAAAAACCGCGAUUCAAAUAAACUUGCUUGGAGUCUAAUUUGUGGAGCUGCUGUUACUAUUGCAGGAGUACUGAUUUACAAGUUCACAUCAUGACGGAAGGAUUGGAAAUUUUAUUCGUUAGAAUCGCAUUUAAAAACGUAAACCAUUAUUGUGAAAUAUAAUGAUGAUAAAAGAUAUGAUAUUUUGUUACAUAAGAAUAACUUUAUAAACAGAUUGUUUGAAAAUAUCAUAUUACUUCUCAAUAGAAGGAACUUAAGAAACUAAUUCUUAACCCUCUUGUAAAAUUGUUCAUAGCAAUUAAAAAUUAAAUA